CUAAGCUGUGAGCUACCUAAUGUACCCACACAGGGCAGUGAGAUGACAUACCCUGUUCUCUGCAUUGGCUACCCACGUUGCUGGUCCAUGCGCAGAAGGAAAGCAGCUGUCUCCAGGCUUGUACUCUCUCUCCUGUGUAGAUGGAAUACAAUGGGAGAUGGUGAAAUGAGGAUAGCUGGUCAGCUAGAUCACCUCAGUAUGCGUCCUCCUCAGCUUCAGGUGCUGCUGACGUUAACUGUAAGAAAAAACUUGGGAAGUGCUAUGACUAUCGGCAAAAAAGAUGCUGGUCUGAAAUGCUUUCUGGCCUGUGCGGACCUAAUAAAAAUAGAAAAUGCUGCAUGCCUUGCUCUACUUCGUGUCAAUUGGAUGAGCACAUCUGGAUUCUGUUCUAUGAUCGAGAGUGUUUACACCACAGAGGGAUAUGUCAGUAUAGGAGCAAUUACUGUUCUGGUUCAUAUGUUAACUUUAAAUGCGGGGGACCUCGAACGCGCCAUUGUUGUUUGCUAUUUCAGCCGUAUGGGAAGUAAUGACUCCCUAAAGACAUACACCUGGCAGAGCAAGAGCCAAGACUAUAAACUUAACUCUCAGCCUCUGGAUACCAGCAAUAGAUCACAUUCCCCCCUUCCCCAAAAUAACUACUGUUUGCCUUAUUCAUGCUUCAGCAUUCUCCAUUUCUUGAAUUUCAUGUAAUUUGGUUUCACUACAUUAUUAGAGGGUUUCCUGUUUUUACAUUCAGCCAUGCUCCAGACUGUAACCCUGUGGCUUUUCCUGAUGUUAACUCUGAAGGUGUAUCAUAUCUAGGAUGUAUAAUGAAAUAGACUUAUGUAACUGAGCAGGAAGUGUCCCAUUUUCUGGUGAGACAAGGAAGAACAUUUCCUGGAACACUAAUAAGGUUCUAUUUGCCCACAACUUUUCCAAAAUAAGGUUAAUUACUCAGUGGUCACCUUGUGAAGUACAUAAUUGUCCAACUAGCGGAUUUCCUUCCCAAAACUGAGGUGUGUGUUUGUCUUCAGGCCUGCCUAAGUAGCUUUACAGAUUACCUGGGAUUUCCUUCCCACCUUCCACCCAAUUAUCUUUCUGAAAUCAGGAAUUUAGCUACAGACUGAUGAGGAAUGCAGAAAAAAAUAUCUGCAAUUUGUCCUUGAAUUCUCCCCUUUUCUAUUUUUAAACCCAUUGUUGUUAAAAAUACCCCAGACAAGCUAAUUGCACUGCAGUCUCCAAAACCACAUAAUUACUUUUGCCAAAGGGUUAGGUGUUUCCACAAUAUUUAUUAUCUGCCCUGCCGGGACGCCCCCAAGAGAAGGUUCUGUUCCGGCUGAUAUUUGGCUUUACAGAUUAAGUUCUCAACCAAGAGAACGGAUUCCUCUUAAAUUUCUCCAGUAAUGUUUGAUUGGCUGGGAACUUAGACACAACCUCUUUUGGAAUGCAUAAAUAGAAAGCAAAGUAUUUUAGACCCUUCACUUGAAACCACAACUCUGGUGACACAGACGAAGAUGCUCAUAGUCAGAGCAAUCAUUGUAGCUACCUUGAUUUCAUCUGUUGCUGCAGGACCAUGGGGACAGAUAUGUGCCGGGAAUCCUAUGAACAAAGCAAGGGGCUGUGAUGCAUAUGGCUGUGGAUAUUAUACAGCUCCAAGAAAGGACGGUCGAAGAAAGCACCUUGGGGUGGAUGUUAUAUGCAGAGAUGGCUCAACAGUGUAUGCUCCUUUCAGUGGCAUGAUUGAAAGACGAAUUAACCCCCAUGGAGGGAGUAGCCUCAUUGAUAAUGGUGUCCAACUUCGUGGAUCAGGUUUCUGUGUCCAGAUGUUCUAUAUCAGGCCUGUUAAAUACAGAGGUCGGAUCAACAAGGGGCAAACAAUUGGAGAAAUGAUGCCAAUGCAGAGAGUAUAUCCUGGUAUAACAUCUCAUGUUCAUGUCCAGAAAUGUAACCGCUUUAAUGUCACUCUCCUGAACCAUGGAAGAGGGCCGGAACCAUGGAAGAGGAAACAUUCUCUGUUUUUAAGUGAAUUGCUGUCAUUCAAUGGUUCCUCUGGGAGGGGAAACCCAGAGUGGGGGUCCUGCUGGGGCAGAACCCCAGGGGAAAAGGCACCGGGGUCCAGGAGGGACACGGGGCCAGUUGCAGGGGAGACACUGGCAUGCAGAGGGCACUCCAGUGCUGGUGAAGAGCUAAUUCCCUGGACGACCAGCAGGAGGCACCGAACCGUUGCUGCAGGACCCUGGGGACAGAUAUGUGCCGGGAAUCCUAUGAACAAAGCAAGGGGCUGUGAUGCAUAUGGCUGUGGAUAUUAUACAGCUCCAAGAAAGGACGGUCGAAGAAAGCACCUUGGGGUGGAUGUUAUAUGCAGAGAUGGCUCAACAGUGUAUGCUCCUUUCAGUGGCAUGAUUGAAAGACGAAUUAACCCCCAUGGAGGGAGUAGCGUCAUUGAUAAUGGUGUCCAACUUCGUGGAUCAGGUUUCUGUGUCCAGAUGUUCUAUAUCAGGCCUGUUAAAUACAGAGGUCGGAUCAACAAGGGGCAGACAAUUGGAGAAAUGAUGCCAAUGCAGAGAGUAUAUCCUGGUAUAACAUCUCAUGUUCAUGUCCAGAAAUGUAACCGCUUUAAUGUCACUCGCUACUUAUAAAUGGAAAUGUAUAUUAAACGGAAAUGUACAAAAUCCCAAAUAAAAUUAUCUGAGCAAACAAAA